AUGGCUUCAGACGACGGAAUUACCAUAUCUGUAGAAGUGCCACCGUCAGCACCUGCGCCAGUGGCUACGGAAGAUUCUGCACCUGCGUCAGUUGCUACGGAAGAACCUGCAAUUCCGCCUGUGGUGCAGCCUAUAAGUUCAUCCAGGGGAAAGACUAAAACAUCUCGAGCUCUUAGCAUGUUCAAGGAGACAUGUUGUAUGCAUAGAGUGCCUCAUCGACUACGUCAAGUAAACAAAAAAGCCUAUGAACCAAAUGUGAUUUCAAUUGGUCCUUACCAUCGUGGAAAGCCACACUUGGCCCCGAUGGAAGUCAUUAAAGAACGUUGCUUUUGGGAGGUUGCUGAAGAAACCAACCGUGGCAUGGUGGAAUUUGAAAGCGAAAUGACACCGUUUGAAAAUGAAGCCCGCAAAUGCUAUGAAGAACCUCUUGACUUACCAUCUCAGAAAUUUGUGCAAGUGAUGAUCUUCGAUGGAUGUUUCAUUGUUCAGCUGAUUCGAAAGGUUUAUCCAGGGGGUAUUUUUAAGGUGGGGCGAAUUCAAGCCGACAUUCGCAAUGAUUUGUUACUGCUUGAAAAUCAGCUUCCUUUCUCUGUGCUCUUCAAGUUGUACCAAAUGAUAGUGCCAGAACCCGGAGAAAUCAAACAAUUCGCUGAGUUGACUCUUUAUUUCUUUGAGUUGUCUCACCGUCGCUUACCCGAGAGAGAUUUUAUCCAUCUGCUAGACAUAGUACACAGUACUUACCUUCCCUCGGCUCGAGGAAUAGAACAACACCAGGUUUUUAAAGCACAAGCAGAAGCAGAAGCAGUAGCAGAACCGAAUUCCCAACGCUCGUGGAAGUUCAUACGUAGCGCAACGGAGUUGGAAGACUCGGGAAUCGGUUUCUUUGGCGCCAGUGUUGAGAAGAUGAGAGUCGAGAACCAAGGGGUAGAGCUAGAGAUAUUUGAUAUAAUGUUUACAUCAGAUACCAAAGUAUCGAGGAUUCCAACUUGUAUCAAACUAGGUACCAAAGUACUGUGGAUUCCAACUCCUAUCACACUAGAUACCAAAGUACUGAGGAUUCCAACCUUACAAGUUGAUGACUCGACGGAGCGCCGAUUACGCAAUUUCAUGGCCUUUGAACAAUUCUUCCCCGUCGAGAAACCGACUUAUUUCGUCGAUUACGUGGUUUUCAUGGAUAACCUCAUCAACACAGGCAAGGAUGUGCAGCUACUCUGCAAGAGUGGAGUUCUUGACAACUGGUUGGGAGAUGAUGAAGUAGUUUCCCAAAUGUUUAACAAGCUCCGAGAAUCCAUUUACAUGUCACGGGACUUCUACUAUGCUGAGAUAUUUUGUAAGUCGGCCGAGAUUCGUUCUUCCCAUGAAUUCGCCACACAGGAUUCGACCACCAUCCAACUCAACUCGAUUACAUUCUCACUCCCCGAGCUCCGGUUCUUUAUUCAUCCCAUAGAAGAAAAAACACCUGAAGGAAGAGAAGUAAUACGGUGCGCCGCCAGAAUCCGACACCAGAAAACGAAAAAGCCAAAAAAAAUAUUCCUGCGAUUGGUCGCCCGGCCGUUGUUGGCGAAGGUGAAAGACACGACGGGGAUCGUUGGAUUGGACGUUGUUCCCAACGCCAGGGAAGUCCUGAUCGGACUCUACAGCAAGACCCUUAAGGAGAUCCAGACCGUACCCGAAGACGAGGGCUACCGCAAGGCCGUGGAGAGCUUCACGCGCCACCGUCUGAAGGUCUGCCAAGAGGAAGAAGACUGGGAAAUGAUCGAGCAACGCCUCGGAUGCGGCCAGGUCGAGGAGCUCAUCGAGGAAGCGCGUGAUGAGCUCACUCUUAUUGGGAAAAUGAUCGAGUGGGAUCCUUGGGGUGUUCCCGAUGACUAUGAAUGUGAGGUUAUCAAAAACGAUGCUCCAGUUCCCAAGCAUGUUCCACUGCACCGUCCUGGUCCACUCCCAGAGGAGUUCUACAAGACACUCGAAGCCCUUUCUGAAAAGGAUGAGCCUAAAAUCACCUCCGGGGAGCCACAGAUAAUAUAGUAAGCAUACUGAAGCGUUUUGGCUAGAGACACUUAGGUUUUCAAAGUCGAAUAUUGCAUUUUUCUAAUCAUCCUUUUGUUUAUGCUUUUCUUUUUCUUUUCAAUCCUGUAUUGCCCCUGUUCUUUGAUGAAUCAGAGCUUAAACCCUAAAGACAAAAGCUGGAAUCAUUAAGCUGCUAAUAAUGUUAAUAUACUUGGGGUCC